AUCUGUAAGCAGGCAAAGUUGCCUACAAAUAGUCCACGAGAAAUGUAUGCGCAGUAUUAAAUCUACUUUCACGGGGGUUUCUUCAAGCCCUUGUCGGUGCUGUGUAGACCCGCGGUACGUCUCAAGCACUACAUACAGGCGUUUUAGAGCGCCAUGCAAGGGAUCCGUCACACGCUUCUCCUUUUGUGCGCGUUCGCAAGCGCCUUCAUUGUAGGCGUUCAACUCGGCCUGAACAUGAACAACGGCCCUUCCGACUAUCCCGAGCAGCGGCUGAGGCACUCAUCGACCGUUACGCAGAAGAGAACGGGCUCUCCGUACUUCACUGCGGACGGUGCCGGAUGGAUAGACGCCUGGGCCAAAGUGAGCGCCAACGUGUACGUAUACUCGGCCUACUUCGACCCCCGGUUGGGCGCCAACGCGACCGUGGUGCGCAUCGUGGGACUCGUGCGUCUCAAUCCCACGCUCAAGGUGAACUACUCCUGCCUGAUCGACGACCGGCCCGAGAAACCAGCCCGGCCCGUCGUCGCCAAAAUGGAGUUCCUCCAGGACCACCACCACGCCAAGUACGAUGGCGUCUUCAUCACUUGCCCUUACCACCCGAUGAACGACUCCGAGACGCCACGGACCGUCCGCGUGACCGUUACCGGAGCCGAGGUCGGCACGUCCAAGAGCAUCCCCGUCCACUACCGGACGCGUUCUCCUGGCACCCAUGAGAUGGACUCGCUCUCGCUGUGCGUCCGACCUUUCUACGGUGGAGUCCCCAAGGUGCACGACCUGAGGCACUUCGUGGCCUACUACUCGCUUCACGGAGUCCAGAGGUUCACCUUCUACGCUUACAACUCCGGCGACAGCGUGAACGAGUACCUGCAGGAGCUCAGGCGCGAAGGCUUGAAGGUCGACUUCUUCCCCUGGUCCUUACCGGUCGCCAAGAAGUCUUGGGCCCUGGCCCAGAACGUCUUCACGCAGGACUGUCUGUAUCGACACGCGAACGCUUCCCGCAGGGUCCUCAUCGUCGAUCUGGACGAGUUCGUGUUUCCGCUUCCGGUACGCGGUAGGCCACGCACCAUCGCCGAACUCGUGGCCAAGUUACCGGCGUCCAAGACGUGUGUCGUAGUGCGCAACGUGUUCUGGGUUCGGGCCGCCUCCCGGAUAGACCGUCCUUUCAUCUUCGAAAGCCUGAACCGCAGUCGCCGCGUUUGGCCCACGGGCCUGAGGAGCAAGUAUUUCGCCGAUCCCCUCGGCGUUCUCGAAGGAGGGAUACACUUUUGCAGGCGCUUUCUGUCCGGUGGCCGGGACCGCGACAAGCAGUUGACCAUGAGCCAGGCGCUCCUCUUCCAUUACCGCGGCUUCAGAGGCGAAACGUACGCCAGGGACACGAGCAUGCUUGUCUGGAGGGAGCUGGUGAUGAACUCGCCGCUGAUGCCGAAGCCUGACUUUUCGAGGGGUUUCGCGUCCAAAGUGCGCGAUGUCCUGUGGAACAGUAUCGACGUGGUGUUAAGACUCGUUUGGUGAAAAGUGAGGGUGUCUUCUUUGUGACUGUAUUGGUGGUAGGUCACAGACCAAAGCAUUGAUUCUCGGUGCCAAGCUGCUGUACUUCUCGUGCACUGAGCGACUAUAGGGUUCAUGAACUGAAAGUUGUGAAUGCUCAGCAACAGUGAACUGUACUACACGUCUAGAACUUUCGAGACCUUGUGAUAGAAUCAUCAGUAAAGGAGUGUUUUAUG